AUGGGACUAAAAAAUAUUGCUGAUUUUCACAAAGGACAGCGCGUUAACGGCAAAACUGAUCCUAAACCAGAUAUGGAAGCCACGGCUCGAGUGAGGAGGUCCUAUAGGGGCUACCUUUUCGUGGCUUUGGCCUUGGCCACUGCUCUUGCCAUUUCUACCAUUGUUCUUGCCGUUUUACUCCACAAUAAGAUACAUAAAUUGGACCGAGCUGAAGACGAUCUCGAGGAAUGCCGUGGAAUGCUCAUAAAAAAUUCUCCAACCGCUGUCCGUAACCUCACCGCAGCAAUUCUAAAAUGA